AUGACACCAAUUGCUAGGCCCGACGGCUCCCUUCUUCCUGUGUCUCUGCUGCGAAGGCGUGCCGAACAACCCCCCGAUGCCCCGAAUGUAUCGGCCUUCUCGAUUGCCCCGGACCGACUAAGCGAAUUUGUCCAUUCCAAGAAUCUGUCGGAGCUGCAUGCCCUAGGAGGUUUGAGGGGUCUUGCAGAGGGAUUACAGACCGAUUUACAGAGUGGGUUGAGUCUGGAUGAAACAUUUCGAGAUGCCGCAACAACAACCACUACAACAUCAGCAACAACAUCACCAGAGAAAAUUGUCCUACCCGAACCCCGGCAUUCCGCGGAAUUCCCACGCCAUGCCUUUGUCGAUCGCAGGAAAUGCUUCGGCGACAACCGCCUGCCCACCAAACAGCCCCCGAGUCUCUGGUGGCUGAUGUGGAUGGCCUAUAAUGACCAUGUGCUGUUUCUGCUGACGGGAGCAGCUGUGAUUUCGCUCGCUCUCGGUUUAUACCAGACCUUUGGAACGGCGCACUCCCCCGAGAACCCCCCUGUAGAAUGGGUGGAAGGGGUGUCGAUCCUCGUUGCGAUCGUCGUGAUUGUGCUCGCCGGCGCGGCCAACGACUUCCAGAAAGAAUUGAAAUUCCGAAAACUCAACCGCAAGAAGCAAGACCGCAACGUCUGGGUCAUUCGCUCCGCGCAGACCCUGGAGAUCCCCAUCUCCGAAGUUGUCGUCGGGGAUCUCAUCCACGUCAAUCCUGGGGAUAUCGUGCCGGCCGAUGGGCUCUUGAUCCGAGGCCACCAGGUCAAAUGCGACGAGUCGUCGGCGACCGGGGAGUCUGAGCCAGUGGACAAGCGCCCUGCUGAGUCUCUGUCGGAGAGCUCGCAGCAGGAAACUUACGACGGUCAGCAUCUGCAUACAGACCCGUUUAUUCUCUCGCAUACAAAGGUUGUCGAGGGUGUCGGUGCUUUCCUCGUUUUGGCUACUGGCACAAACUCUAGCUAUGGGAAAAUCCUAUCAUCCCUCAACGACGAUCCGGGCUUCACCCCGUUGCAGGUGAGACUCAGCGGGCUAGCCAAGAACAUUGCCCGGUUCGGUGGUGCCGCCGGCCUGGUGCUGUUUGUGAUUCUGUUCAUCCGAUUCCUGGUUGGCCUCCGCCACAGCACGGAGACUCCCACAGAGAAAGGCCAGUCGUUUCUCAAUGUCUUUAUCCUUGCCCUUACCAUCGUGGUCAUCGCAGUCCCGGAAGGUCUUCCGCUGGCAGUGACUCUUGCUCUAUCAUUCGCGACAACACGCAUGAUGAAGAAUAACAAUCUGGUCCGGCAGUUCCGAGCGUGCGAGACCAUGGGAAAUGCUACCGACGUCUGCUCCGACAAAACAGGGACUUUGACGCAGAACGAGAUGACGGUUGUGUCGGGGUUUUUUAGCGUUACAUCCCAUUUCACCGACCCGACCACUGGACCAGAGACCAAGGACCGGGCGGACUUACCAGUGUCGGGGUGCAUGCGGGGUCUCUCUGGUAUUUUCCGGGAUCUCUUGUCACAAUCCAUCGUGAUGAACUCCACUGCAGUCGAGAGCCACGAAAACGGAGGCGGUCGACAGUUUCUAGGGUCCCAAACCGAGGCGGCAUUGCUACGCUUUGCUCAGGAUUACCUGGGGCUCAGUCAGUUAGAAGGCGAACGCGCCCAUUCCAAAGUUGUCGAGUUGCUUCCCUUUGACGCGUCCCGCAAAUACAUGGUUACUGUGGUUCAGCUUGCGAAUGGGUCAUACCGAGCUUACGUGAAGGGUGCCCCUGAAGUACUCUUGGGGAAGUGCACAGCAGCUAUAACAGAUCCCACUAAGGGCCUUCUGGGUACGCCAAUCACAGAGGCUACAACGGGACAGGCGCUCCAGGCUAUUGCCGAGUAUGCCUCGCGCUCGCUACGAACAAUCGCCUUUUGCUAUCGCGACUUGGACAAUCGGGCCUGGGAAGAGGGUGAAGUCGUAAGAUUCGAGGAGCUCCUUAAAGAACUCACCUUCUUCGGGGUUGUCGGCAUCCGCGAUCCUCUCCGAGCUGAUGCAUGGGAUGCGGUGCAGACCUGCCACAAAGCGGGACUGACUGUACGUAUGGUAACCGGCGACAAUCUUCUGACAGCCCGAGCGAUCGCAACAGAAUGUGGGAUUGUCUGUGGCCCCGAGGAUAUCGUCAUGGACGGACAGGAAUUCCGUGUCCUCGAUGAAUCCAAGCAGAGCGAUUUAGUCCCCCGGCUCAAAGUCCUGGCCCGGUCUCGGCCAAACGACAAGCGGAUUCUUGUUCAGCGUCUGAAGGAGUUGGGGAGAGUUGUCGCUGUGACGGGGGAUGGCACGAACGAUGCGCCAGCGCUGGCCGCGGCGGAUGUUGGCUUCUCGAUGGGGAUAUCGGGGACGGAGGUCGCGCGGGAGGCUUCGUCGAUUGUCCUGAUGAAUGACACUUUUUCAUCGAUUGUCAAUGCCAUUAUGUGGGGACGAGCCGUCAGCGAUGCUAUCAAGAAAUUCUUGCAGUUCCAAAUCACUAUCACCUUUACGUCUGUCGGGCUUGCAUUCGUCUCUGCGGUCGCCAACGCGGACGAGGAGUCUGUUCUGACACCGGUGCAGCUGAUGUGGGUGAAUCUGUUCCAAGACACGCUGGCAGCGUUGGCGUUAGCCACGGACCCUCCACCGCGACGGAUCCUAAACCGAAAGCCCGAGCCCAAAUCGACGCCCUUGAUCAACUCGAUGAUGUGGAAGAUGAUUGUCGGCCAGUCCAUCUACCAGAUGGUAGUGACGCUGGUAUUGCACUUUGCCGGGUCAUCCAUAUUUUCAUACACCACGAACCACCAGCAGCAACAGCUGCAGACAGCGGUGUUCAACACAUAUGUGUGGAUGCAGAUUUUCAACAUGUAUAACAACCGCCAAGUCGAGCGGUCCUUCAACCUCCUCGAGGGCGUGCUGCACAACUGGCUCUUUGUCGCCAUCACGACACUUAUGAUCAGCGCCCAGAUCCUGAUUGUGUUUGUCGGCGGGCGAGCGUUUUCAGUGGUGCGAUUAACCGGCGACCAGUGGGCGUAUUCGGUGGUUCUUGGGGCCAUCUCGGUCCCGGUAGGCUUUGUGCUGCAGGCUAUUCCCAAUAGCAUGGUUGAACGGCCAACCGCGGGUCUACAAAGGCUCUGGGGUUGGGUCCGUGGUUCAUAG